UAAUUCAAACAAGAUCUCAUAUGAUUAUAUUUUAACUUUUAGAUUAUCGACAAUAUAAAAGUCAAUUCAAUUUGCUUGAUGAAUAGAGCCGAAGCCAAUUAUGGUGCAAGUAACUAGAAAAAAAGUAAUUAUAUCAUAUGUUAUAAAUUAGCAUGAGAUCCAAUUUAAAAACACAAUAAGUUGCCUGUUCAGACUGAGCCUUUCCCGACCCUGGAUAGCUUGGUCAAUGCUAAGAAAACAUAAAAUUAAUAAAUAUUCUGAAAAUAGGGCAGUACAAAAUCUCUGCAACCAUCAACUAACAUACCUUCAAUGUCAUAUAAUUAAUGCUGUAUAUCUUGUAUAGCAAACACCCAUACUUCAUUCCCACAUAUUUUGUGCCUUAGAUUAACAACGCACAACAUUCAUUUCAGCCAUGAGGAAGUGAAGACUGUUGCAAGUUUACACAAUAGCAAUGGGUAGUAGAGAAAUAAGGUCACCGGAAGAUGGAUUAUCCACUCCCGCGCAGGACAUGGAACGGAGUGGAACAGCCAUCUCCGACAUGUCUAGAAGAAAAAAGCUCGGUAUCUAUUUUAUCGAGUCAGACGACAGACGGACUGCACUUGGCGGAGGUUAUACUGUUGGGAGUACACCGGUUAACAUUCACAGGAAGCCUUUGUCUGAUGCUGAUCUCUCAAGAACAGGUGGUUGGGUCGCAGCCUUCUUCAUCUUCGGAAACGAAAUGGCAGAAAGAAUGGCAUACUUCGGUCUGUCGGUGAACAUGGUGGCUUUUAUGUUCUAUGUAAUGCAUCGGCCCUUCUCCAGUUCAGCUAACGCUGUAAAUAAUUUCCUGGGAAUAUCACAAGUGUCUUCUGUGCUUGGAGGCUUUCUAGCUGAUGCUUAUCUUGGUCGGUAUUGGACUAUUGCAAUUUUCACAACCAUCUAUCUUAUGGGGUUGACAGGAAUAACGAUCUGUGCAACAAUGAAGUUAUUUGUGCCAAACCAAGAACAAUGUGAUCAGAUUUCACUCCUUCUAGGUAGUUGUGAGCCUGCAAAGCCAUGGCAGAUGCUUUACCUCUACACAGUUCUCUAUAUAACAGGAUUUGGAGCAGCAGGCAUUAGGCCAUGUGUCUCUUCGUUCGGAGCAGAUCAAUUUGAUGAAAGGAGUAAAGACUACAAGGCUCAUCUGGACAAGUUCUUCAACGUAUUCUACCUCUCCGUCACCGUUGGAGCAAUCAUAGCCUUCACUGCAGUUGUCUAUAUCCAAAUGCAACAUGGGUGGGGAUCAGCAUUUGGCUCGUUAGCCUUAGGCAUGGGUUUAUCUAAUGCACUCUUUUUCAUCGGCACUCCAACGUACCGGCAUAGGUUGCCUGGGGGAAGUCCUUUGACACGUGUUGCACAAGUUCUAGUCGCAGCCUUCCGAAAAAGAAAUGCUUCAUUCUCUAGCAGUGAGAUGGUUGGACUAUAUGAGCUUCAAGGAAAACGAUGUGCGAUCAAAGGUAGCGCAAAAAUUCCUCACACUGAUGACUUCAGAUGUUUGGACAAAGCAGCGCUAAAGCUUCCAGAAGACGGCCCAGAUCCAAACCCUUGGCGGCUUUGCACUGUUACUCAAGUGGAGGAAGUUAAAAUCCUGAUUAAACUCUUACCUAUACCAGCCUGCACGAUUAUGCUGAAUCUCAUCUUAACGGAGUUUCUGACUCUUUCCGUUCAACAAGCCUACACUUUAAAUACCCACAUAGGCCGUCUAAAAGUACCAGUUACCUGCAUGCCGGUAUUCCCUGCCCUAAGCAUCUUCCUUGUGCUCUCCCUUUAUUACUACAUAUUUGUUCCUGUAUCGAGACGCAUCACGGGACAUCCUCAUGGGGCCUCUCAGCUUCAAAGAGUAGGCAUUGGCCUUGGAAUCUCUAUCCUUUCGGUUGCAUGGGCUGGAGUUUUCGAGAGGUUCAGGAGACAUUACGCCAUAAGCCACGGUUAUCAGUUUAGCUUUCUCACCCAGAUGCCAAAUCUGAGUGCAUUUUGGCUGCUAAUUCAAUACUGUCUCAUCGGAAUAGCUGAAGUCUUCUGCAUAGUGGGAUUACUAGAGUUCUUGUACGAGGAGGCUCCUGAUGCCAUGAGAAGCAUAGGAUCUGCCUAUGCAGCAGUCGCCGGAGGCUUGGGUUGCUUUGCAGCAACAAUUUUGAACAACAUUAUCAAGGCUGCCACGGUAGAUAAGCAACGGAGCAAUCUUUCUUGGUUGUCCCAGAAUAUCAACACGGCCAGAUUUGAUUACUUAUAUUGGCUUCUUACGGUACUCAGUAUCAUCAAUUUCGGUAUUUUCCUUUAUGCAGCUCGCAGAUACAAAUACAGAACUGUUCAAGCAGGACAACAAUAGAGGAAAAGGAGCAUCCAACUCAACUCUGUAUCUAAGAAAUUUAAUUUUGUUACAGCAGAUAGGAUUGGAAAUGAAUAAUUAAAAUAUUAUUCAAACCUCCAGAAAAUUGAUUUUAUUUUACUGCACUGCCGCAGCCUCUGAGCAAACAGCAAACAUGUUAUAGGCUCAUCCCCAGUUCCACCAUGUUAUUUACAUUCUUUCUACCACUUCAAACUUCAAUCAUAUUAAUAGCAUUUUACUACAUUGAUCAGGUUUACUUUCA